CAGGUUAUAAACUAUAAAAUAUAUAAAAUAAUGAUUGUAAUAAAAAUCAUACACCCUUCGCCCUAUUAUUGAAAAUGGAGGAGUGGAUUGAUAAUUUGUAAAAUUCUCACUUCUUUACGGAUUCUACACGGGUAAUAGCAAGUGAUUGUUGUGAAGCCUUAAACAAUCGAUCUGUAACUGAGGAGUGGAAACCUGAGAAAAAUUCAACAACCUAAACGUCGAAUCUGUGUUGGGAUUAGUUCUUCCUAUCAGGUUUGAAUUUGGUAGUUUGUACCAUAUGCAGAAUGCCACAGAAAGCGACUAGCCAAAAAAACAAGCAGGUUUCACCGAAGGUUGCUUCCCAAUCUAUUAAAACGGCACCACCCAAGGCAGUCAAACCUGCUGUCAAGAAAAAGGACGAUGAAAAUGCUACAGACAUGGGAGAUGUUGCUGAUGAGUGGAUGCAGGGAAAAACUCUUCUAAAACCACCUGAUCAGUUACAAUUGUCUGAAGCGGAACUGAAGGAAGAGCUCACCAGAGUUCUCACAGCAAACAACCCACAUGCUCCACAGAACAUUGUCCGUUACAGCUUCAAGGAACGAUGUUACAAGCCUAUCAGCAAUGUUGAUCAGCUAGCCAUUCACUUUUCUCUGGAUGGUAACAUGUUGCACAAAGACUCUGAUGAGGCCAGACGUCAGAAGGCAAGAAUGAGUAUUGCUGAAGAAUAUGUUGCUGACUCAAUUGCUGUAGAUGGAAGUGAAGAUGGAAGAAAAGAAAAUCUAGGUCCAGACGAAGAGAAAGGAGAGAGUGAGGAUAAAGGUACCAGAGGCAAGAAAGAACAAAAACUAACUAAUCAGUUCAACUUUAGUGAGAGAGCCUCUCAGACACAUAACAACCCUCUAAGGGAGAAAGCAUCACAGACUGAACCUCCACCUCGAGCUAACUUCUCUGCCAUCGCUAACCAGUGGGAAAUUUACGACUACUACAUUGUUGAACUACAAAAACAGGAGCGAACUAAAGAGAAGCAAAAAGCGCCACCUGUUAAGAAAGAGGAUGAAAAGAGUAAAAAAAAACAAAGCACCACUGAAUCCCAGAGUGAUGAUAUAACCAAGGUGUCUUCAAAAGUUGUACAAAUACUAGAGCGAAUGGUAAACCAAAAUAGAUUUGAUGAUAUUGCUCAAGAUUUCAAAUAUUUUGAAGACGCUUCUGAUGAGUUUAGGGAACAGGAAGGCACACUUCUUCCCUUGUGGAAAUUCCAAUAUGAAAAGGCCAAAAAACUUGCAGUGACUGCCCUCUGUUGGAGUCAAGUGUACAAGGACCUUUUUGCUGUGGGUCAUGGUUCAUAUGAUUUCACCAAACAGGGCCAUGGGAUGCUUCUGUUCUAUAGCUUGAAAAAUUCUACCUACCCAGAGUUCAUCUUCAAGACAGACAGUGGCAUAAUGUGUCUGGAUAUCCAUGUAGGGCACCCUCAUCUUGUGGCCGUAGGCUUUUAUGAUGGAUCUGUGGCUGUAUACAAUAUGAAGGAGAUGGGCACUCAACCUAUACACAAGAGCACAGCCAUGACUGGAAAACAUACGGAUCCUGUGUGGCAAGUGAAAUGGCAAAAGGAUGACAUGGAUAAUCAUCCCAACUUCUUUUCUGUGUCUUCAGAUGGUAGAGUGACAUCCUGGACACUAGUGAAGAAUGAGCUAAUGUAUAUGGAUGUCAUCAAGUUGUCAGUGGAUGGUGUUGCUCUGGAAGGACAGGGGGAUGACCAGCUGCCAACUAUGGCUUGCGGGACUUCUUUUGAUUUCCAUAAGCAAAUAGAUUAUUUGUACAUCGUUGGCACAGCAGAAGGCAAAAUACACAAGUGUUCUAAAGCCUACUCUAGCCAAUUUUUGGAGACCUACAAUGCCCAUAACAUGGCUGUGGAUGCCGUGCGCUGGAACCAUUUCCAUCCAAAAGUAUUCAUUUCCUGCAGUGCAGACUGGACAGUGAAGAUAUGGGAUCAAACAAUAAAUACGCCAAUGUUCACCUUUGACUUGAAUGCUCCAGUAGGUGAUGUAGCCUGGGCUCCAUAUUCUUCCACAGUUUUUGCAGCUGUUACUACAGAUGGAAAGGUGCAUGUUUUUGACUUAAAUGUGAACAAGUACAAAGCUAUUUGUGAGCAACUUGUUGUGGCAAAGAAGAAAAACAAACUGACCCAUGUUGAGUUCAACCCUGUGCAUCCUAUCAUUAUUGUUGGAGAUGACCGAGGUUACGUGACAUGUCUGAAAGUGUCUCCCAAUCUACGCAAGAUGCCAAAGGAAAAAAAAGGACAAGAUGUUCCAAAAGGACCAGAAGUUGAAGUGGCAAAAAUGGAAAAGAUUCUGAGCCUUUUGAGAGAGCCGACCUCAGCUGUCAAGAAGUAAAAUGAAGGAGGAGCAGAUGCUGAUUCAUCCAUCCUACAAACCAGCUAGACUCACUGAAAUAAGCGUACUCUUAAAAUGGGCCACCAUACUUAGAUUGUAUUAGUAAAGAAGAAUGAACACCAUUUGUUCAGUACUAUUUGAUAUAAAUGAUUUUUUUAAUGUAAGAGUUUAUACAAAUGUUGCUUAAGUAUUUUCUAU